UAAAAUGAGUAGAAGAAAAUAUGGUGCUAACGGAAACAGUUGGAGGCCUGUCCUAGAAUCGAUCGCCCAAGUAGAAGGGAACACAGAGGCAGAGCAAUCUGAUUCAGAAAAUGGAAUCUUGCUUCACGAAAUGUUGGCAUAGCAAGGCUCUUUUCACAUCACUUUAUUCCCUUCGCCGUUCUUCCAUCUCCAUUCACUCUGUUAGAAAUUCGGUUAAAAGAGCUUACGAUGGACUGCUGUUGGACGCCGCAGGCACUCUCUUGCAAUUAUCCAAGCCUGUAGAAGAGACUUACGCUUCUCUUGGAGCUAAACACGGUCUGAAAUUGAAUUCAGCUGAAAUAAAGAAAGGAUUUAAAAGGGCUUUUGCUGCUCCCUGGCCUGAUAAGCUCCGUUACGAGGGGGAUGGAAAGCCAUUUUGGAAACUUGUUGUCUCUGAAGCCACUGGUUGUUCCAAUGACGAUUACUUUGAGGAAGUUUACCAGCAUUAUGGAAAUGGUUAUGCAUGGCGUCUUCCAGAUGGAGCGUCUGAAACAAUAUGGCGUCUCAAAAAUGCUGGAGUUAAAGUGGCUGUUGUGUCCAAUUUUGACACCCGAUUGAGGAAGGUAUUGAAGGAACUCAAUGUUAUAGAUCUGUUUGAUGCUGUAAUUAUAUCUUCAGAGGUUGGUUAUGAAAAACCAGAUGCAAGGAUAUUUAAAGCUGCUUUAGAUCAAAUUGAUGUGGAGGCUGACAAGGUGGUACAUGUGGGGGAUGAUCUAAAGGCAGAUAAAGUUGGAGCCAAUGCUGUCGGGAUAGACUGCUGGUUGUGGGGUAAAGAUGUAAAGACAUUCGCGGAUAUAGAGAAGUAUAUUUUCAUCUCAGAUCCAUAAAUCCUUAUCUUAUUAUGGAAACUCAGGUAGAAUUGUAGACUUGCUUGUAUGGUUGUUAAUCACAUCCAAAUUUUGUUGAGAUGUUGACACUAAAAUGCGCAUUGAAGAGCAGAAACUGAUGUUGGGAAUUGGGAUAGCAUAGCAGUGAUAUUUGCUUAUUUAACUGAAAUAGAAAUAUUUGUGCUCUUAACACAGAUGCCCAUAUUCUCUCUUGUCUGAUAAAA